UUGAAUUUUGUUGUUGAAACCUUGCCUACUGUAGAAAAUGGUGAGCCUUGCUUAGUGUAGAAAGUUUUGAAGUGAGUCCUGAUGCUGUACCUGGUAUGAGUCAGCCUGUGGACUUGAUGUAUGGAAGCCUUGCUGUGGAGAGCUCUGUCUUGCUGGAGUGUGGGAGGGGAGAUAAGGUGAGGAUUAGAGCAUUCAAGGACAGGAAUCAAUGGACACUGCCAUUCUUGUCCUGUGGGGGAAGUUUUUAGGAGUGGGCAUCACACACUUAUAGACGGCUGGAUUGCUGGACAAACUUUUUAUUUCAUAUCUUUGUGUAUGCCAUAAGUAAGUUGGCUCACUGGGUGUAUCAGACAUGUUCAUGCAACACUCCUGGGGCACCAAACCACUCUUUUUACCUAUCCUCAGGCUGUCCUACAAGACACUGUAUCGCAUCCAUUGCUUCUUGUUAUACCAGUACUAAGAGACUUGGAUGAAAAAAAGCUGUGUUUGGCAAUGAUUUCCUGUGAUAUCUUAUGCUUGGUCUUUGCACAGGUUUUAUUGCAAGCUUAACUAGUAUGUAUAUUAGUUUUUAUUUGAUUUAUAGCCAUGAAAUGUACUAUGCCUUGGUUGCUUUAGUGUGGAGGGACUGUGUGAGGUGGAAGAGAGUAAGUGCUCACUGUUUUUACUCCCACUCAAGUCUUGCCUACAAAGGUAUUCACUCCCCUGUGUAAGGUUCGUGUCUGGCCAGGAGGUUCUGAACCCCUUUGGUGAAACGCUUCACUGAUACAUCUGAUGAAAUGCUUCAGUACACCUUAUUGAUAACAUGAGUGAGAUGCUUCAAUACACAACAGUUGCUAAUUUUUGUUUAGUGUCAAAAGCAUUUCAUCUUAUCAACUACUCACCCCUAACUGACUGUCUUCAGCCUCUCUCUCAUUGGCACAUUAUUGCAUCUCUUGCUAUCCUCUACCACAUUUUUCACACUGACUGCUCUUCUGAUCUUGCUAACUGUAUGCCUCCCCUCCUCCCAUGGCCUCGCAGCACUAGACUUUCUUCUUUCUCUCACCCCUAUUCUGUCCAUCUCUCUAAUGUAAGAGUUAACUAGUAUUCUAAAUAAUUAAUCACUUUCUCUGGUAAAAUCAGGAACUCCCUGCUUCUGUAUUUACUCUUUCCUAUGACUUGAGCUCUUUCAAGAGGGAGGCUUCAUGACACAUCCUCCAAUAUUGGAUGACAUUUUUGACACUUCUUUUGGGACUGACACAUCAAUAGACUUUCUCCUUUGCUCUUUUUGUUGCCCUUGGCCAGUGCCCCUCUUGUAUAGAAAAAUAAAUAAAUAAAAUGAAAGUAAAAAUAAAAAAUCAUAAUGAUGGCAUAUGGUGCACAGACCUGGUGGUGGUGAGGGAGCGCCUGGCAUCCGUCAAGAACAAGGUGCUGGUGCUGUCUGGCAAGGGAGGCUUGGGCAAGUCCACUGUGAGUGCCAUGCUGGGCCUUACCUUGGCCCUCGAUGACUCCAAGGAGGUGGGGUUCCUUGACAUUGACAUCUGUGGGCCGUCUCAGCCGCGGGUGUUGGGGACAGCAGAGGAGAAGGUCCACUCUUCAGGUGUUGGCUGGUCCCCUGUGUAUGUGUCUGACAAUCUGGCUGUCAUGUCCGUUGGGUUCCUGCUCAACAGUGCAGACGACGCUGUCAUCUGGAAGGGACCCAAGAAAGAUGUGAUUGAUGAGGUAGUGUUUAAGCAUGUAGCUGUGGAUGAAGUGGCUCUGCUGGAUGUGAGGAAGGAAAUCACAUUCUGCAGGAAAGUGAACAUUCCCAUCAUUGGCCUGGUGGAGGACAUGACCACCUUUGUGUGCCCCAAGUGUAAGACCAAGACGGCCGUCUUCCCUGCCACUACUGGAUGUGACCCCCAGCUGGCAGAGGAUACUGAGAUGCCACUGCUUGGCCAGCUGCCGCUGGACCCCCGGGUGGCCCAGGCGUGUGAUGAAGGCACCAACAUUCCAACACAAGAGCCAGAUGCUGCUGUCACUCAGGCAUACAAAGACAUUGCAAAUAAAAUCAAGGAGUACUGUGAUGCACAGUCCCAAGAAGCCACUUGACCUGCAGCGGUAGCAGCAGCAGCAGCAGCAGUCAUCACCACACUAACCAACACAUUCUACAGAAAAGUCUUGUCAUUCAUGCAGAGGUUUAUUUUACAUUUACUUCUUAAAUCCAUAUUAUUAACAUCA